AUGGCCAGCAGCAGCUACGACUCCCUCCAGCCAGGCAGAGACUCGCUGGAUGACUCCGAACUGGAGGCCGGCGAGGACGACGAAGACUUCAUCAUCAACCAGACACUCCUGUUCAGCAACAAGCCCAGCCCACUCCUGCCCAGCCCAGCAUCACACCCCCUCCAGCGCAAUCAGCAGAACAGCACCAUCCACGCCAGGCUAUCCAAGAUACUCGGGAAGCGGAACCCAUCGACUAGAUCGAUCGCAUCCAUCUGCACCCUCGCCGGACUCGCGAUCGGCCUGCUGCUCUGGUUCAGCCACCCGCCCAGCAGCAACAGCAACCUCCAAACGACCAGCAAGCCCUUCAACCCAAAGCUCUUCAACCAGUCCCCGGACGGCCGCUCUCGCAUCUCCCUCAACGACGCCCUCUCUGGCUCCUUCCACGUCAACCGCCAUGCCAUCAGCUGGCUCGACGAGGCCGGCGACGGCGUCUACUCGGAAAUCACCCCCGCCGGAAUCAUCCUCAAGGACCUCAAGAAUAACUCAUCCAAACCACUCAUCAGGGCAUCCGAACUAGUAGAUCCUCAAGGUCGUCCUAUCUACCCAGAAGCGUUCACCGUAUCCUCUGAUCUCAGAUACAUCCUCGUCUCCACCAACUCCCAACAACAGUGGAGACAUUCCAAAUUACGCCACUAUUGGAUCUAUGACACCUUGCAUCGCACCGUCACCUCUCUUCGUCCAGACAUUCCACCCCAUCAACCUCGCAUUUCGAUUGCACUCUGGUCCCCAACCGGCCAUUCGAUCGCAUAUGUUCUCGACAACGAUAUCUAUCUGCUCACCUCCCCCGACCACGUCCACUCCCCGCUCAGGAUAACGAUCACCGGUACGCCCACCAUCUUCAACGGGAUAUGUGAUUGGGUCUACGAGGAGGAAGUCUUCGAGGCCUCAGAAGCACUGUGGUGGUCUCCAGACUCAAACAAACUGGUCUGGCUGAGCCUGGAUGAGUCCGACGUACCGAUCUACGAACUCAGAACGUACAACCCGACCGAACAAGUCGGAAAAACUAUGCCCUAUCCUGACAAGACCAAGAUGAAGUACCCCAAACCGGGCUUCAGCAACCCGAUCGUCAGCGUCCAUCUCUUCGACAUCGAGGCCCACCAACGAGCAGACGGGAACAACCCCGUCAAAGAUGCCGUCAGCCAACUCAAGCUCGACUCCGAAUUCGAGGAUGCCGACCGAAUCGUCGGCGAACUCGCCUGGGUCUCCGCCCACGAACUCAUCAUCCGUCAAACUAAUCGCAUCGCCACCCGUGAGAAGACUGGCUACUUCGAUCUCUCUCAGCUGGCUGCCUCCCGAGCCGUGUCUCCCUCUACUUACGGGAAAGUGGUCAUGGACAUCGAUUUUGUGAAAUUCGAUGGUGGAUGGGCUGAACCGGGACAAUUCAUCAAACCAAUCAUAACUGGCAAGGACUUCGCACCCGGAUAUCUAGAUAUCCGAAUCAACCAUGCUGGCUACCGACACAUUGCUUACUUCUCACCUCCUGAUUCCCGUUCGCCCAUCUUCUUGUCCGACGGGAAUUGGGAGGUCGACGGGAAGAUCUCUGCAGUCGAUUUCGAGAAAAACCUAGUAUACUUCGUGGCUGCGAAUCCGAGCAUGGAAAGACACUUGUAUUCAGUCAAGUUGCCUACAAAAGCCGAACUUAAAAAAUUGGAAUCCCAAUCAAACAUCGAUCUACAAGGAGUCACCCCAGUCACACCCAUCACUACUGGGGUCGGUUACUAUGACGUCAGUUUUUCUCAGAUGGGUGGCUUCUAUCUCUUGAGCUACAAUGGGCCAAGUACUCCCUGGCAAAAGCUCGUCAAAGUGGCAGACCCUAGUUUUGAGACCUUAAUCGAAGACAACUCUGCGCUGAACAAGACGCUGAGUAAGUACGCUCUUCCGACGGUCCACUUCACAUCGAUCAAGAAUUCGAUCCAACAAGAUAUGAACAUCCAGGAGAUUCGUCCCUAUCAGAUGGACUUGUCCGGAAAAACUAAAUACCCUGUCCUGUUUAAAGUGUAUGGUGGACCGAAUUCUCAGACGGCAUCGAAAAGAUUUGUGAUAGAUUGGAGCCAUUUCUUAGCCUCGAGCAUGGAGUAUUUAGUGGUCUAUGUCGACGGACGAGGGACUGGUCUUAAAGGUAGAGAGUUCCGAGUCGGUGUCCGCAACCAACUUGGCAAGAUCGAGGCACUCGACGUUUCGACCGCUGCGCAAUAUUAUGCAGGUUUAGAGUACGUUGAUCCCGAGCGUAUCGGCAUUUGGGGGUGGAGUUUUGGCGGUUAUUUGACGUGCAAGACCGUCGAAUCGCAUUCCAAGGAUUUCUCGAUGGCCUUGGCCGUUGCUCCCGUGACCGACUGGCGAUUCUACGACAGCAUCUACACCGAACGGUACAUGUCGACCCCCGCGUUGAAUCCGCUCGGGUAUCAGAACUCGGCCGUCAGUCGGAUGGAAGGGUUCGGGAACUUGAGCUUUUCUCUGGCCCAUGGUUCCGCCGAUGAUAAUGUCCAUUUCCUCAAUUCGGCCAGUCUUUUGGAUCGAUUGACCGGUGCCCACAUCCAUGGUUUCCAAUUCAGGAUGUUUACAGACUCGGACCACAGUAUCUCGACCAGAGAUGCUUAUAAGGAGCUGUUUGGCUGGAUGACCGAUUUCUUGCUCCGCCAAUGGGGCCAUGGCUUAGUUUCUUCGCUUCACCUCAAUCAGACUAUCAAUAUAGAUGCGCUCCUUGAUUGA